CCACUUUCUUUCUUGUCCUCUCCGUAGCCCUCUUUCCCCCCUUCCUCUAUCUCUCUCUCUAACAAAAAACCUCACUUCAAUCUCGCCGCUGCUUCCCGGGAAAUGGACGGAAAUAAAGACAGAAUGUUCGAUUCCGGUACCUUACAUGGCGGCGAAGAUGACGCCGACCUCAGACGAGGACCCUGGACGGUGGAAGAAGAUAUUAUUCUAAUCAAUUACAUCCAUAAUCACGGCGACGGCCGCUGGAAUUCCCUUGCUCGUUGCGCCGGUCUUAAACGUACUGGAAAAAGCUGCCGGUUAAGGUGGUUGAACUAUCUCCGGCCGGAUGUCCGCCGAGGAAACAUUACACUUGAAGAACAGCUCUUAAUCCUUGAACUUCAUUCCCGUUGGGGAAAUCGAUGGUCGAAAAUUGCACAACAAUUACCGGGACGAACGGAUAACGAGAUAAAGAACUAUUGGAGAACUCGGGUUCAGAAGCACGCAAAACAGCUGAAAUGCGACGUUAACUCUAAACAAUUCAAAGACACCAUGCGAUAUCUAUGGAUGCCGCGUCUCGUCGAACGAAUUCAGGCAGCCUCCGUCGCUUCCACCGCCGUUGACGGCAGUAGAUCGUACGGAUCAGUGACUCCGACGCAGCCAGCGUUGAUGAUGAACGGUGGGAGUGAUUUCGUCAGUACUCCACAGGUAACUCCAAGUUACACGUCGGAGAAUUCUAGCUCCGGUGGCGGUGGUGGCUCUUCCGACGGGACGCAGGUUUCAUCCAUGUCGGAGUUGACGGAUUGCUACAAUAAUUUUAGUUGUUUCCCGUCGGGUUACGGCCAGGAUGCGGCAGCAGCGGCGGCGUUGCAGAGUCCGGCGGGUGGAUUCUUUAACGAGGGGACAUUGGAUUUUCAGGCGAUGGAGCAGAGUAGUUGCGAGUGGAUGGCGGGGGACGGUGGUGUUGUGACGUCGGAGAGUUUGUGGAGUGGUGCCGGCGACGGAGCUGAUUACUUAUGGUUUUUGCAGCAGCAAUUGAAUUAAGAGCACAUCAAAAAGAGUAAUUAAAAGGAGAAAAUAUACAUAAAUUGUAGAGCUGAAGAACAUGAUCUGAAAAAACAAAAAAUAGAAGAAUUAUAGGAAUUUACCAAGAACAGGGUCCAAUUUUUUGGAUUGUUCUUCUUCUUUGUUUCUUUUUUUUCUUUUUCUUUUCUUUUCUUAAAGAAGUGUUUCUUUAAAUUUCCAAUUAUUGGGGGCUUGGGGGAAUUUGUAUAAUUGAAUCUUGACGGUUUUUUCUUUCUUUUUAAAUUUGUUAUUUCUAUAUCAUCAAGGGAGUGGUAGGCUGCUAGGCUUAGGUACCUCUACUUCUUCAUUCCCACUUUCCUUAUCUUUUAAAUAAUUAAUUUAUGGUUCCCAUCAUAAA